AUGCAAACGCAGGACUGGCAUUCCAGGCGGUGCCCUGUGGGAGCUGUCCGGAAUUGUCUCUCUGCUAGGCUCCCAGGCUCUGACUUUGAUGGGGGGUGUUUUAAUGAGCCUGGAGAAGGGGAUGCUAUGCCUGAGCCUCCAGGGAAGCCUCCUGAGAAGUGUCUGCAGUUGCAGGCUGAAGCUGGUGCACCCUACCAAGGGAAAGUGGAGAGUAAUCCCUCUAAAAGUCUGCAGAAGGCAGGAGCAGGGGUUAAGCGGGGUGGGAAGGGAGCAGAGUCAGGAGAGAUCCAGAAACAUCUUCACUCUUCCCUAGCAGUGAAUGGAAUUGUCCGUGAUGUAGAAGUGCUUGGAGAAGGCAUCCGGCUAGUCACUCUGCUGGUCAACAGUCAUGGGCUGUACAAGACAAACCGCCUCUAUGUCACCCCCGACGGCUUCUUCUUCCAAGUUCAUGUGCUGGUAUUGGAUUCCUCCAGCUGCAAUAAGCCAUAUGCAGAUUUUAAAUUUGGCAGCAGGCAUAUAGUAAUGGCUCACAUCUACCACAGGAGAACUUUGCUACAGGUGUUACAAGGGCACCUAAAGCCUGGAGAUGGAAUGCUCAGGAGCAGCAGCAGUUAUGUGAAAAGAUUUAACUGCAAAAGGGGUGAGAAAAUACAAAGGGCAGCUCAUACCAAGUGCAUCUGA